CAAUAUAUACAUAUAUAUAUAUAUAUAUCAUAGUUGUUUUCUCGUCUUGUCUCCAAACACCCAAAAUUUCCCUUCUUUCUUUUUCUUCUUCUCUUCUGCUACUAGUAACAGGUUUUGCCACUUCAAGAUCAAUCAACUAAAAUGUCCAGUAUGGUGGAAUUGAAAGUGGGUUUGCACUGUGAAGAAUGCAUCAAGAAAAUCUUGAAAGCCAUCAAGAAAAUACAAGAUAUUGAGGCAUACAACGUUGACACGAAGCUGAACAAGGUGACUGUCACUGGCAACGUUACAACCGACCAAGUCAUUAGGGUUCUUCAGAAAAUUGGGAAAACAGCAAGUAAUUGGGCAGAUAAUGAACCAAUCACUGCUUCCACUUAAAAGCUUCUUUUGUAAUUCCCCAAUUCUUAAUUAAUCACUUUCUGUAAUCUCCCAAAUUUCCAAUUCUCGAUUGUAACCAAACUAAUUAACAACGAAGAACAUAACUACCUGAAUUCUGAAAA